AGUUCUCAUCAUUCUACGGAAACGCUGCGACAUUCACCAUUCCUGGACGUACAUUCCCUGUCGAUAUUAUGUUUAGCAAGGUGCCAUGCGAGGAUUAUGUCGACAGCGCGGUCAAGCAGGUUUUGGCAAUCCAUCUGGGUCAGCCAGCAGGAGACAUUCUUGUCUUUAUGACUGGCCAGGAGGAUAUCGAGAUUACUUGUCAAGUAAUCAGCGAGCGACUUGCUCAGAUCGAUAAUGCGCCGCCCCUGUCUGUUUUGCCGAUCUACUCUCAAAUGCCAGCUGAUCUGCAGGCCAAGAUCUUUGAGCCCGGUGAAAACAAUGCUCGCAAGUGCGUUGUCGCCACUAACAUCGGAGAGACCUCCCUUACGAUCGAUGGUAUCCUUUAUGUGGUCGACGCAGGAUAUGUGAAGCUGAAAGUCUUCAACCCUAAAAUUGGUAUGGACUCGCUUCAGAUCACACCCAUCUCUCAGGCGAAUGCCAACCAACGAUCUGGUCGUGCAGGACGAACGGGGCCCGGAACGUCAUGGCGGUUGUACACGGAGCAAGCGUUCGUUUAUGAGAUGUUUGUGAACCCGAUUCCUGAGAUCCAGCGAACCAACUUGGCGACGGUUGUCUUGCAGCUUAAAUCGCUGAAUGUCAAGAACUUACUCGAGUUUGAUUUCAUGGAUCCGCCACCUCAGGACAAUUUGCUUAACUCGAUGUAUCAACUCUGGAUUCAAGGAGCAUUGGACAACACGGGCGAACUGACACCACUCGGCAAAAAAAUGGCCGUCUUUCCAACUGAACCGUCCUUGGCAAAAAUGCUGAUCGUAGCAGAAAAGAUGGGCUGCACAGCAGAGAUUGUGACGAUCGUAUCCAUGCUGUCGGUGCCAACAGUGUUCUACCGACCCAAGGAGCGACUCGAGGAAUCUGAUGCCGCGCGAGAAAAGUUCUUUGUUCCCGAGAGUGAUCACUUGACAUUGCUGAACGUCUACACGCAAUGGCGAUCAAACGGGUAUCGGGACGAUUGGUGCGUGAAGCAUUUCGUACAGCCAAAGGCGAUGCGCAAGGCGCGCGAGGUCCGAUCCCAGCUCAUGGAUAUGAUGAAGGCUGAGAAGAUGCCGUAUGUGUCCUGCAAUACGGAUUGGGACAUUAUCCGGAAAUGCAUUUGCUCGGCCUAUUUCCACCAGGCAGGAAGGAUCAAGGCACUAGGCGAGUACGUCAACUGCCGAACGGGUAUGCCCUGUCACUUACACCCGACCUCGGCCCUGUAUGGGCUCGGAUACAACCCGGAUUACAUUGUCUACCACGAACUGGUCAUGACGUCUAAGGAGUACAUGCAGUGUGUCACAUCCGUGGACCCACACUGGUUGGCAGAACUGGGGCCCAUGUUCUACUCGGUCAAGGAGAAAUCGUACACGCAUCGCGAGAAGCGCGCAGCGACCAAGGCAGGAGAGGCUAGGAUGGCAUUGGAGAUGGAUUUGAAGGAAACGAGAGAGAAGGAAGAGCGAGAGGCAGCGGCCGCAGUGGCAGCAGCAGCGGCGGAUGCAAAAACGGGUGGAUCAACUGCAGAAGCGAGGUUCAGGAUCGCCACGCCUGGGUUCAGAGCACCAGGGACGCCUAUGCGUAAACGACGGCUUGGCAUUUAGAUUAUGUAUCUGUUAAUAUAUAUAUCACUUUGGUCUGGGUUUUAUUCUGAACUUUCCUUGU